AUGGCGUGUAACAACACGAGCUACAUCGCCUACCUGACCAACAGCACUGAGGCUCAGGCUGAGCUCUUCAAGCAUAAGUUCCUAGUCGACAACUUCAACCACAACGUUCCCGUGGCCAUGAUGCUCAACAAGUGCAUCACACCCGUCUGGAUCGUCAUCGGCAUCUUCGGGAACAUCAUCUCCGCCAUGGUCUGGUCCAACCCGCGCAUGCGCACCUGCAACACCGCGGCGUACUACCUCACCAGCCUCGCUGUCGCAGACCUCACUUUUCUUGUGCUCCAUUUUAUUUACGAACUAGAAAACCCGUGGUUACUAAGGACGCUGGAUUUUGAUAUCUGGUGUCAAAUAUUUUCGACUGCUAACAUCGCGGUUCAAUACUUCUGCGUGUUCCUGGUCUUUGCCUUCACGGUUGAGCGGUUCCUGUCAGUCUGCCACCCAUUCAAGUCUGAACGAUUCGGCAAGACACGGACCCCGCGAACCAUCUUCUGCUUGCUCGUGUUGUCCAUUAUCCUAAGCCUGCCUCAAAGUUACUUCUGGGAAAUCAUCCAUGUUGGUGAGUGUCAGGUCCGAGUGACGGAAAUCAGCAAGGAUUCGUUUUUCUCUAUCUACACCUGGUGUACGGAGUUAUCCGUGUUUGGUGUUCUCCCUUUGAUCGUGCUGCUCCUGAAUAUCGCAGUUCUACUGAAGAUCCGGACCAUCGGAAAGUUGAAGCUCGGGAAGGCUAGUAACGGUCGUCACGUGACUGACAACAGCAUGUCAGCGCUGGUAGCGGACGCCGACAGCCACGGCGGCAAGCGGAUGAACAGCUGCACCAACGGAGGGGCCCACGCCAACAACAAGGGGACCACUGUGACGCUGCUCUGGGUGUCCUUCUACCUCAUCGUCACCGUUCUGCCCAACACCAUCCUGUAUGCCCUGCAGGCCAACAUUUCCUACGGCCCCAUGCCCUGCCGGAUUGAGGACAUGGGGAAAGACCCGCUAUGGAGCGCGUACUUCACCUUCGUGUCGGUCAAGCUGAUGGUCAAGGAGAUCAGCCUGUCGCAUCACGUGGGUAACGUCUUCAUCUACAUGGCCACAAGUCGUCGCUUCCUCGGCCUUAUCAUCAAAAGUUUCUUCAACCAAUCAAAACACCCCCGCAGCGAGACCAGGGACACGUCACUCAUCAGGAUGCCCCAGACCAGAGCACCUGGAGAUGAAGUCUGAUGGAAUCUCAGACUAAAAUACCUGAGCUCUUUAAAAAACAAACAACCAAAGACGAAAUCACUUUAAGAUUCAAUUGACGUUACUUUUUCUAACUUAAUUUCUUGCAUAAGUACAUUUCUGAAAUAUCUUGAUUCAGAAAUAUUAGCAAAAAUAAAUCUGGUUAACUCUGAUUAAUCAAGGGCAAUUACUCUUACUACCAGGGGAGACAACGCUUUUGUAAUUCUAUCUGGCUUGUCUAACAUUGGGAUGUGCUGACGUCAAUUUUUCUCUUAUACAUCACGCGAUUAAAAGACUCUUCUCUACAUGGUUACUGUCGGCUAAUGGAGUAGUGAUCCAAAGUGAUUCACUAUGACGAUAUGGAUACCGCAGUGUGGCUCAGCUGCGAUGGUCACGGAAAUGAACGUUAUUUAUCCGUCUGCUAUAUCCGGGUAUUUGUAAACAGUUGGUAUCGAUUCUGUUGGUUGAAAUUCUCGGGGCGAUACCGAUGGCCAGCUAUGUUGAGACUGGCCCGGUGGCCUGUUGUCCAUGGCUACACACAAACCACCAACUGGCUAG